AUGCCGUUUCUAUGCGAUUACCUGGGGGUAGACAGCUUGCUGGAUGCGUUGUCCUACAUGAAUGCGGCCACUUUGGCGCGGGUCGCGUGCACGAGCCGCAUGGGAGCAGUGGCGGCGCACGAGGCGCAACAGCGGCCCUCACUGCUGGUGCUCAAGGGCAGUCUGGAGACGAUCGCUCAAGAGCUGAAGGAGCGGCUGGUGGCCAGGCCCACCGUGGUGUUUGUGCAAUACUCCGUUGGUCAUCACGAUGAUGAGGACGCGUUUGAGGCUGAGAUGACGGAUUUUCUUGCCAAGAAGCUGCCACCCACCACCCAGGUGCUCGGUGGCAGCACAAUGUCACUGCAGUGUGCCUGGUUUCCGGAGAAUCAUCCUCGUCCUGCCCAGACCACGUUGGACAUCCGCAAUCGAUACGACCGAUGCGAAGUGGCUAUUCUGGCCACCACCUUACCGGAGGCCUCUGCAAAAGCUUUCCACUUGAUGCCGAUGCAAUCCAAAAGCAAGGCAGACAGUGACGAUGAGGACACCUAUUCUGAGGAUGAGGUUAGCUCCUGUGAUGCGGAGGAGGUGGAAGAAGAUGGUUUGAAAGAAGCGGAAGGAGCGAGCCUUGCUCCCAAAGGCAAGACUCAAGAAGCGGCUGAGGAUCCACUGAAAGAGUUGCUGAGCCUUGAACCUCCGCCGAAAGUGGUGGUGGUCUACGAUGCGGACCGCGGCUCUUCGACUGCGCGAAGCAUCGCGAAGAUCCAGGAGGCGUAUCCUGAAGCAGCCGUCAUUGGAGGCGUCGUCAUGGGACACCGCAUCUUGGUGAGAGGGCGGACGUCUGAAGGAUCGAUCUCUGGAGGACGAGGGGUUGGAGCUCUGGCGAUCUCCGGGAAUGUUCCGCUCUAUGCCAUGACCUGCCCCUUUACCGGCUGCGUCGCCACAGCCAAGCAGACCGUGGCCAACUGCAUGAGCCAUGCACAGGAGAGCGCCACAGCCAAGAACGAGUCCAUCCUGGGCGCGCUGCUCUUUACAUGCAAUGCGCGUGGUCCACACAUGUUUGGAUGCCAUGCGAAGGAUGCAGCACUUUUCCAGGCACAGUUUCCUCGGGCUCCGCUCAUGGGCUUCUAUGCCGCUGGUGAGAUCGGGCCUCAGGUGGAGGAGGAGGCGGAGCACGCCUUCCUUCGUGGAAAUGCCGCACUGCAGGGCUUCACGGCAGUGUUUGGCAUGUUCUUGGUGCCGAGCAAACAAAUGCCUUCAGUACCAUUUCAGCGAGCAGUGCUGCAUGGAGAGGUUCAGCAAGCGUUUGCUGACACCAGGCAGUGA